AUGUCUCUAGGCCAUGGUUUAUUGGAUAUUCUCAAGCUUUCUGGUGAAAACUAUAGAAAUUGGAAUGACGAUUUGGAGGUCUAUCUAUGCCUUAGAGACCUAGAUCUUUGUUUGAGAGAACCCAAGCCAAUUAACCUCACCUCAGCCAGUACUGAGGCUGAGAAGACUAACCAUGGGAAGCGGGACACUACCAAUAGGAAAUGCCUGAAAGUCAUAAAGCAUGCUAUCCCUGAGACAAUGAAAAAUAGCAUUACCAUGAAGGUGACUGCCACAGAGUACUUGGAGGCAAUUAUAGUCAAGUUUGAAUCUUCAAAGAAGGCUCAGUCAGGUGACUUGAUGACCAAGCUGACGACUGCCAUGUUUGAUGGAAAUGGUAGUUCCAAGGAACACCUUCUGGGUCUAGUUUCCUUAGGAAACAAAAUUAGGGAGCUGGAAAUAAAUCUUGAUGAUGACUUCUUAGUGACCAUUGCACUGAAUUCACUCCCAGGGCAAUAUAAGCAUCUUCAUGGCACCUAUAAUGCUUUAAAGAAUAAAUGGAGUAUGACUAUGGAUGAGUUGAUUAACAUAGUUAGGCAGGAAGAGGCAAGAAUGAAUAGCCGAACAGGGACAGAAUUGAAAGUGACAAUCUAA